CGAGUUUAUUUAUUUAAUUCCUCAUAAAAUCGUUGAUUCAGCGGUUAAUUCUGUUCUGUUCUGGUAGUUAUACAAGAAAAAUGCUACAUAUUAUUUGGGAUCUUAUGACGAUUGAGUUCGUUAUAGUGACCGGUAUUGCCCUAAUAUUUGGGACUUGGGUUGGAUUUUAUGCUGCCAAACCUAGAAGUCUUAAAGGAAAACAUGUUAUGAUAACUGGAGGUUCAAGUGGUAUUGGAAAAUAUUUAGCGAUAGAAUGUGCGAAGAAUGGGGCUCACGUGUCCUUAGUUGCAAGAAACCCAGCCCUUCUUGAAGAAGCCAGAGCUGAAAUCUUAAAGUUUGCUUCUGCUGCUGAACAAAAAGUGUCAUGUUUUUCCACUGAUGUGAGUGGGCCAUAUGAACAAGUUGAACGCACAGUACUACAGGCAGAAGAGGAACUAGGACCCCUAUUUCUAUUAGCUAAUUGUGCUGGCUAUGCUAAAGCAGCACGCUUUGAAGAUACUUCUGUAGAAGAAAUGAAGAAAUUAAUGGCUGUCAACUACCUUGGAGCAGCUCAAUUUUCACGAGCUGUCAUUAGUGGAAUGAAAGGGAGAAGAGAAGGGUCCAUUGUAUUUGUGUCAUCCCAAGGUGGUUUGUGCGGCAUUUAUGGAUUUGCUGCUUACGCGGCAUCGAAAUUUGCAUUACGUGGUUUGGCGGAAGCGCUUGCCAUGGAGUUGAAACCUUAUAAUUUGACGGUUACUGUCAGUUUCCCACCUGAUACGGACACGCCUGGCUUUGCCGAAGAAAACAAAGAUAAGCCCGAAGAGACUCGCCUUAUUUCAGAAUCGGCUGGGCUAUUUUCGCCUGAAACUGUCGCAAAACUUUUACUGGAUCACAGUUUGAAAGGAAAAUUUAUCAGCACGGUUGGGUUGGAAGGAUUUCUGCAGUCAACAGUUUGCGCUGGAAUGUCACCUGUUACUUCAUUCGUUGAUUUACUCAUACAGGUGUUUUCAAUGGGACUUGUUCGUCUAGUUUCCGCUUUUUACCUGUUCAAAUUUGACCGGAUUGUUGUCAAAUGCAUGGAGAACAGAGAUAAAAAAAAGCGUUCUCUGUGAUAAUUAAGGAAGGAUCGUUUUUAGUUUAUUUAGGAUCGUUAUUUAAACCGUAAUAACUUUCUGACGUCUAGUUGUAUGCGGCGUAAAAAUUUCGCAUUCAGCACACACACAUUCCCAAUUCUUCGUUUGAAUCACGUUUCAAAACCGUCAUUUACAUAGUCAUUGCUGUGUUAGUCGUUAAUCAAUAAAUUAAUGCACAGAU